AAAUAGGGCUCUUUUGUUAUCAGGUGUAUAUAAGGAUGGGAUCCUGGACCAAAGGGCAUCAGUUCAUUGCAACCUGUACAACCAUGUUCAAGUCUACAGUAACAUUCAUCGUUAUUCUCUGCGUGGUCUCGAUUGGAGCCAACAGGUUUUGGGAGAAGAGCGAUUUGAUGAAGUGGAACGAAAAAACUAAGAACUUGCCCAACUUUUCGCAAGAUUGCGACGAUUCAUUAGGAGAUUGUCCCAACGAAAUUAGCCAUAUGGAGUUUAAACGCAAACAAAAUCCCAAGACUUUGGUCCUCUCCGAUCUUCCGAGAGAAGACCCGAUGUUCAAAUAUCUGCCAACUUCUCAACCCGAGGAAAACCAAUGCUCUUGCGGAAGGGAAAACAGAUUCGUCGACCUGGGACCCAACACUUAUCCCAGAUAUAUUGCUGAUAUGGUUUGCAAUGCUGGAGGAUGCGGUAUUUACUCUUGCCGCCCGAAGACCUACAAACUUUGGGUGAUGAAGAGACGUACCUCUGGAGCAUCCGCCUUCUCCGAUUUGGACCCAAUUCCGAUGGAGCUUAGAGCAAACUGGAGCGGAUUAGGAGUUCUGGUUACAGUGGAUUGCGAAUGCGGACUUUAAAUACUAUUAUAUAUUAUAAACUUGUAUACCCUUUGGAUUUAAAAUAAACGUAACUGUGUGA